CACCGUCGGCCAACGGCCUGAACCGCUCUCCCGCUGCUCCUCCUCCUCCGUCGAGCGGCCACCCGUCGUCUCUCGAGCCCCUGGGCCGCAGUCGCAGGGGAGGCCCGGUGGGGGGCGCCGGGGGGGCGGCCGUCACAGCCGCGGCCGCACCGACCUCCUCGGCGGGGGCCAUGUCGUCGUCGCCGCAUGUGGACCCGGACGUGAAGCCCGGCGAGUUCGUGCUGCGCUCCCUCAUCGCCGAGUUCACGGUGCACGCCGAGCUCAAGUUGCACUCGGUGCUUGUCGAGUCGCUGGAAAAGCCUCUGUCCAAGUCAUUACAGAGAGGAGAAGACCCACAUUUUGAUCAGCUCAUAAGCUCGCUGAGCGCAGUGGCCGAGUACUGCCUGCCCUCCCUGCUGCGCACGCUCUUCGACUGGUACCGGCGGCAGAUCGCGUGCGAGGAUGGCGCACACAGCUAUCGACCACGCUCCAGCACAAAAUCCAAAGGGGAAGAGCCUUCACGAGAGCGGGACCCCGUGAUGGAGAAACGCGAGCUGGCGAUCGACUUCAUCUUCUGCCUUGUGUUGAUUGAAGUCCUCAAGCAGAUUCCUGUCCACCCUGUUCCAGAUUCGUUGCUGCAAGAUGUGAUUAACUUAGCUUUUAAGCACUUUAAACCCAAAGAAGGGUACAAUGGACCGAACACUGCGAAUUUGCACAUUGUCGCAGACCUCUAUGCGGAGGUGAUUGGCGUUCUAGCACAAUCAAAGUUCCAGGCGGUGAGGAAGAAGUUCAUGACGGAGCUGAAGGAGCUGCGGCAGAAAGAGCAGAGUCCCCUGGUCGUUCAGAGCAUCAUCAGCCUGAUCGUUGGCCUAAAGUUCUUCAGGGUCAAGAUGUACCCGGUGGAAGAGUUUGAAGACUCCUUUCAAUUUAUGGGGGAGUGUGCCAAAUACUUCCUGGAAGUCAAGGAUAAGGACAUCAAGCACGCCCUGGCUGGCCUCUUUGUGGAAAUUCUAAUUCCCGUUGCAGCAACGGUUAAAAAUGAAGUGAACGUCCCGUGCCUGCGCACCUUUGUGGAACUACUCUACCAGACCACCUUUGAGUUGUCAUCUCGCAGAAAACACUCCCUGGCACUCUUCCCGUUGACCACGUGUCUACUCUGCGUCAGUCAGAAGCAGUUUUUUCUUAACAACUGGCACAUCUUUCUCAACAACUGUCUAUCCCACCUCAAGAUGCCAUCCACCAGCACGCUCAGAAAGCCAAUCGAUUCACUGCAGAACCGGGAUCCGAAGAUGUCGCGAGUGGCCCUGGAGUCGCUGUACCGCCUGCUCUGGGUGUACAUGGUGCGCAUCAAGGGCGAGAGCAACACCACCACGCAGAGCCGGCUGCAAAGCAUCGUGUCGGCGCUCUUCCCCAAGGGCUCGCGGAGCGUCGUUCCCAGGGACACCCCUCUCAACAUCUUCGUCAAGAUCAUCCAGUUCAUUGCGCAGGAACGGCUGGAUUACGCGAUGCGCGAGAUUAUAUUCGACCUCCUCAGCGUCACCAUCAAGAUGCCAAAGACGCUCACCAUCAACCCGGAGCGCAUGAACAUUGGCCUGCGGGCCUUCCUGGUCAUUGCCGACAGCCUCCAGAAGAAGGAGUGCGAGCCGCCCAUGCCGACCACCAGCGUGGUGCUGCCAUCGGGCAGCACUCUGCGCGUCAAGAAAACCUUCCUCAACAAGACGCUCACGGAAGAGGAGGCCAAAGUGAUCGGCAUGUCACAGUUCUACCCGCAAGUGCGCAAGAUCCUUGAUCUCAUGCUGCGGCAGCUCGACAAGGAGGUGGGACGAAGCAUGACCCUGGGCGGCGGGCAGAACGUCGCCAAGGAGACCGAGAUCACGGGAGAGAGGAAACCUAAGAUCGACCUCUUCCGUACGUGUGUGGCAGCCAUACCCCGGCUACUGCCAGAUGGGAUGAGUCACUCGGAGCUGCUGGAGAUGCUGGCGAGGCUAACGACGCAUGCAGACGAGGAGCUGCGCAACCUGGCGUGCGCGUCGCUGCAGAGCCUCAUGCUGGACUUCCCGGUGUGGCGCGAGGACGCACUCAUCACCUUCCUGGCGUUCGUGUCGCGCGACGUGGGCGAGCACCACGCGGCAGCGCUCGACAACGCCCUGCGCAUGCUCCUGCAGCUGCUCACGCAGUGGCGCCUCGCUGUGCAGGCGACCACGGCAACGACGGCGACAACCGCAGCCGCGAACAUGACCACGGCCAUGGCCGCCAAGGUGCAGGAUGAGCGGCAGGGCAGGGCGGAGUGUGCUGCUGCAGUGGCGGCGGCAGCUAGCGAGCGGUCGCUGCACCAUUCGCCCGUGCUGCACGCCGUGGAGGGCCUGGCCCUCGUCAUGCUGUGCAACACAACCGUGGGCACGCGGCGCCUCGCCGUGCUGCUGCUGCGCGAGACACGCGCCCUCGCGACCACCCUGGGCCACUGCAAGGUGGAUGAGGAGCUGGUGAUCGACAUCCUGGAAAAACUGAGUCCCUCUGUCCUGGAGAGCUUCAUCCACUUGACCAAUGCUGAGCAGGCCACGCUGCUGCAGCUGCCACCGGCUGUGGACCUGCAGUGGCUGAGCGAGGGCACAGGCGUGCCCGAGUGCAGCAUGCUCGACACGCGCAGCGCCUCGCACGUUUGGCUCUUCGCUCAGGCGCGCAACCCCUGGCUGCUGGCGCUUGCCUCCCUCCUCGGGCACGAGCAAUUCCAGCGGAGCUGCCCGCUGGCGCAGGCGUGGGCCUGGUCGUAUGGCAUGGUGCGCCUCACGGCGCUCACGCCCCUCGUCGACCCGGGGAACCCCGCGAACGCCAAGCGGAUCAGCGCCGUCCCGACCACUGACUCCCCCGUGGGGCUUUGGCGGAAUUACCUGGUCCUGUGCUGCAGCCUGAGUCCCGCGGGCGUCUCGGCCGGAGGCGGCCACCAGCUCCGCGGCAGCUCCCCCGAGACUCUGGCCUCCACUCCGGAGAGCUCCUACAGUUUUGACGGCAAGAGUGUGGGGGGCUCAUCCCCGGCUGCCCUCUUCCACUUGGUGGUGCCGCUCAUGCGCUGUGAGAGUCUGGAGCUCACAGAGUGCUUGGUGCUGGGUCUUGGGUGCACCAACUCGGGCGCCUUCCGUGAACUGAUGGAGGAGCUGAACCCGAUAAUAAAAGAGGUCCUGGAUAAGAAGCAAGAGAAUGUGCGUAAGAAAAAGAAACGAGACAUCCUGCGGGUGCAGCUGGUGCGAAUCUUUGAGCUUCUUGCCGACACUGGGGUUAUCAGCCACAGGGGUAGUGGUGGUCUCGAGGCAAGCACGCACACUCUGAGCAGCUCGCUGCUGGAGUACGUGGAUCAGACCCGGCAGCUACUGGAGGUGGAGAAUGACAAGGACUUGGAUUCCGUGCGCGACGCGAGGAUGCACUUCAGUGCACUCAUCGCCAACCUCAUCUCACACCUUCCAAUAUCGGAGCGACGCUUGCUGUUCCCCCAGCAGAGCUUACGGCACAGUUUAUUCCACCUUCUCAGCCAGUGGGCAGGCCCGUUCCGUCUCAUCUCCACGCAGCUCGAGUGGAGUACGGAGAGGAGUCAGCCCAUCACACGCCAGAAUUUCCUCGCUCUCAAGGCUAUGGCGGCCGUGCUGUGCUGCGGGCCCUUGCUGGAGAGCGUCGGUCUCCCCAUGGACGGGUACCUGCAGCGGUGGUUGGACAGCAUUCUGGGACACCCGGACCCGCAGGUGCACCAGCUGGGCUGCGAGAUGGUGGUGCUGCUGCUGGAGCUGAACCCCGAGCUGAGCUACCUGCUGCAGUGGGCCGUUGACCGCUGCUACACGGGCUCGCCGCUCGUGGCCGCUGGCUGUUUCACCGCCAUCGCGACCACCUUCACCAGCAGGGAUUGGCCAAUGGGCAUGAUCACUUUGCUCAACCUGAUCCUGUUUAAAGCGGCUGACCCAUCCCAGGAGAUCUACGAGAUGGCGCUGCAACUCAUGCAGGUGAUGGAGGAGAAAUUAUUUGGGUACACAGAGCGAGACGAGUCGGGAGACGUGGACGGCCUGCUGAGUUCGCCUAUGCCACUGCCUCCUCUCUACUCCCUCUCGGCGUACUCGCUCUCUGAAGAGCUCGCACGCCUCUACCCCGAGCUCACCCUGCCACUCUUCUCUGAGCUGAGCCGGCGAUUCCAAACCACGCAAACCCCAGGCCGCCAGGUGCUGCUCUCCUACCUUCAGCCGUGGCUCAGCAACAUUCAGCUGGUGGCGGGUGGCGCCGGCGGCGCCUGGGGUCUCCCAGGCGAUGCGGGGAGCGGCGGCAGUGGCGGUGGUGGCGGCACGCCGGAGCGGAGCGCCGUCGAAGGCGCCGGCUGGGACGAGGAGGAAGAUGCGGAGGCGAGGCGCGACUCCGGGCAGGGACGGCGCUGGCUCAAAGGCUCCGGCUGGGGAUCGCCGCUCGCCACCGCGCUGGUGCUCAACAACCUCCUGCACAUGACCGCUCAGUACGGGGAGGGCUCCCCGAGUGCAGAGCUGGAGAGUGUGUGGACGGCGCUGGCCGACAGCUGGCCCGGGAACCUGCGUGUCAUCCUGCAGUUCCUGAUCGCACUCUGCGGCGUGCGCAGUGAGCCUGACCUGCUGCCCUCUAUCAAGAAGGUGGUGAUCUUCAUCUGUCGGGAGAAGACGGUGGAGACCCUGGAAGAGCUGCUGCCCGAGCUGGAGCGCAUGGAGCCUGUCAACUCCAUCCUCAUCCGCACCAAGAACCCGCCGUUCUACAGGCUUCUCACGGGCCAGCGGACCUCCCCGUCAGCCUCUGGCACGAGCUCCAGCAGCCACACGCUCGCAGGGAGCGGAGGCGCUGCCGGGAUUGCGCAAGGGCCCGACAACAAGAUGGUCAACGGGGCGAGCUUUGAAGAGAGCCACCCUCACCAGGAGGUGAACUACGGCAUCAUGCGGCCGCACCCCCGGCUUGAGUCGCGCUACAGCAACGGCUCGGGCAGCUCCAGCGAGGACGACAAAACUGAGCCAGCAUACAUGAGCUGGAGGGUGCGGAUGGCGGAGGCAACACGCCCGGAACCCCUGCCCAUGCCUGCCUCCUUAGGCUACUGGGCUCGUCUUACAGAUCACUUGCCUGAGACCUUCAGCCAGGCCCCUCCCCUGCACAGGUGCAGCAUCGCGAUGAUCCUGCUGACGGGACUCGUAGUGGACCAUGGAGUGCAUUUGGAGUGGAGCAUUCAUUUACCGGUGCUCCUGCACGCCGUCUUCCUGGGUUUCGACCACCAGCACCCGCAGGUGCCCGAGCACAGCAAGCAGCUGCUACUGCACCUGCUGCUGGUGCAGGUGGGGGGGUUGGAUGUCCACCGCUCGGUGGCACGGGUCCUCCUCGCCAACCGAGACUUCAACCACAGCAAGAUCCUGGCCGUGCAGGCGUCGCCUGCCCAGCACAGCGCAUUCCUCGGAGCCAGCGAGCUGCGUCAGAUCUCGCAGAGCCCCUCCGCCACCGACUCGGGCCUGAGCCCCAGCUCGACGGGCUCCAGCCUGAGCCUGGGCAGCACGGGCGAGCAUGCGGCUGCUCACGCGCCCACGCUGCUCCACGCGGCGCUCACGGUGGCGCCGCCCGACGAGCGGGACGCCUCGUGUGACGUGGAGGAGAGGGCACGCGCCCUCGUCCAUUUCAUCAGCACCAGAAAGUAUGGGCCCCUGUGGAAUUACGAAGACAUCUCCACCAAGAAUCAAAACAUUCAGAGUGCAGAGCAGCUUAGCAAGUUCCUCUUGCAUGUUGUUUCAAUCUUCAAGGACAGCAGGCCAGGCUCCAACCUGGAGCAGCGACUCGGCGAGAUGGCGCUGCGCCUGGCGCUCGCGUGCCCGUCGCGCCACUACGCCGGGCGCUCCUUUCAGAUGCUGCGCGCCCUACGUCAGCCGCUGGGCAUGCACAGCCUCUCGCUGCUGCUGUCGCGCCUCGUCGAGAGGGUGGGCGACGCGGCGGAGGAGACUCAGGGAAAUGUCUUGGAGGUGCUUUUGACUCUCGAAACCGCCGUGGAUACAAUAGCGGAGUGCUCCAAACUUAACAACUUUCUCAUUGCAUUCUCUGGUUCCCUGGACCCGGCGCUCUCCACCAAGAUGGAACCGAGCCGCUGCAGCACGGGGCAGCUGCAUCUCAGCUCGAGCCCCAUCCGCACUGGUAGCCUGUCGAGCUGCCACAGCGCCAGCCCCAACAUCAUCAUCAGCAACAUCAUCAGCGGCAUGGGCAGGCGCAAGCGCAGCAACUCGGCCUCGCAGAAGCACGCGCUGCUGGCGGAUGGGGGCUCCGAGUGGCGCAGCAUCACGCUGGACCGCCCGUACGAGCGCGUCCGUCGCAGCAGCCCCCUCGCCAAGGCCCGCAGCCUCACCUCGCUUGCCGAUGAUGGCGGAGGGGCGGCGGGGGGCGUGGCGGGGUCGGGAGCGGGAUCGGGGAUAGGCACGCCGCCAUCAGACCCCUUGGCUCUGCUCACGGUCAUGUUCUGGGGGGCAAGUGCCCUGCUCGAGUCGGACUACGAGAGCGAGUAUCUCAUGGGACUCCGCCUUCUCGAAAGGCUGCUGGGCCACGCGCUACCUCUGGAUGAUGGAGCCAGUAGCAAGGUGUGGGAGCGCCUGGAGAAGGCCCUGGCCCAGCUGCGGUGGGCCGGAUUCCCAGGCCUGCAGCUGUUGCUGCUCAAGGGGCUGACGUCCCAGGCCACUGUGGAGCUCACGACGCGCCUGCUCAGCCGCCUCACUCCCGUCUCCCGUGUCGCCGUUAUCGACGCCUCCCAGGCAACAGGUUUCCCACUUAACGUCCUGUGCCUCCUGCCACAUCUGGUGCUGCACUUUGACAACCCCACACCGUUCUGCAAAGAGUGCGCUGACAAAAUAGCGAAGGUGUGCCUGGAAGAGAAGACCACGAAACUGCCCAACCUAGCCCACGUGAUGUCAAUGUACAGCAACCGCACGUACACGCGCGACUGCACGGUGUGGAUCAGUGUGGUGUGCUGCUACAUCCACGACACCUAUGGCGACUACACACUCAACCUCGUGGGCUACUUGGCAGAGCUGCUGGAAAAGGGUCUGGCCAGCAUGCAGCGCUCCAUCCUGCUCACAAUGCACAGCCUCCUCAGCCAAGUGGAGCUCACUGCCGCUCCCCUCAAGCACUUCAACCUUGAAGUCAUGAAGGUCGUCAGCAAGUAUGUCCAGAGCCCACACUGGAAAGAGGCACUCAAUAUCCUAAAGCUUGUGGUUGGCCGAUCAGCCAGCCUUGGUGCCUCCAGCUCUGUUGCGGGAAAUGCCUACAAGGGUCUGCCUGGAAAAACCCUGGAGUUCCAGUUUGACAUCACAGAGAUCCCGAUAGUUGGGAAGCGGCGGGACGAUCGGUUGGGUCGACUGGGGCCGGACGGGCUCCUGCGUGGCAUGGCGGUCAGCCGCAGCGUCUCCUCCGCCUCGUCCGGAUCGGGAGCCGGAUCCGGAACUGGGACCGGGACGUUGCUCCACGUCGGUUGGAAGAGACCCCAUCUGUCGCAGCGGAGGGUACGAGAGCGACUGGUGAACGUACUGUCCCUUUGCGGUGAAAAGGUUGGCCUGACGAAGAACCCAUCUGUGAUCUUCUCGUCCGACGGGGAGCUCGAGCUGCUGGAGCAGCAGGGGGGGCUGGGCGGCAGCUGCGAGGAGGCCGGCAGCCAGGACAUCGAGUCGACGGAAGACACGACCAGCGAGCAGCAGUUUGGCGUCUUCAAGGACUUUGACUUCUUGGACGUGGAGCUCGAGGACGUGGAGGGCGAGAGCGUUGACAACUUCAACUGGGGCGUGCGGCGGCGCUCGCUCGACAGCAUCGGCAAGGACGGGCCGCCCGCUGCCCAGGAGUCCAACUUCGCGGGCUCCACGCCCAGCCUGCACCGCCUCAACCCCGACGACACAGACGAGUCGAGCGAGGAGGAUCAGCUGACCGUCAGCCAGAUCCUCACCCAGUCGCAGUUGGCGCAUGACUUGCCCGGAGAGGACGUCUUUUAUACUCAGCAAACAGAUGCACAGAGCAGCGAUCUUGUGGCUAGCCUGCUUGGGCAUGAGGCGGCCUGCGACGACGCCUGCGAUAGUGCCCAGCGGGAGGAGCAAGCCGUGGACAGCGAGGAGUCCCUCACCGCCCAGCCCACCGUCUUCUUCCUGUGCGACGGCCAUCCCGCUGACGACAUUACCGACAACCUCCUCGCCUCCCCCCACUCCGACGACGGCCGCGAUGACGACGAUGAAAGCCAGUCGGUGCAGUGGAAUGAGCCCGAGCCAGCCUCACCGCCGCCACCUGCUCCGUUCUUCUCGGCGAUCCUUGCCGCGUUUUGCCCGGCGCCGUGCGACGACGCCGAGGGGACGUGGCGCCGCCACCUGGCCCAGCUCAUGGCCGACGCUGAUGGCUCCUGCGCCGUCUACACCUUCCUCGUCUUCUCGGCCCUCUUCCAGAGCAUUCAGAGCAAGUUUUGCCUGCUGACCAACGACGUGGCCGGUUACCUGGGUGAGGGGCUGAAUGGGAUCGGCUCAAAGUUCACGAGUUCCCUGGAAGUUCUGCUCUCCUGUGCGGAGUGCCCCACGGUGUUUGUCGACGCCGAGACGCUGGUGUCCUGUAAUCUGCUGGAGAAGCUGAAGUUCAGUGUUCUUGAGCUGCAGGAACACCUCGACACAUACAACAACCGGCGGGACACCACCAAGCAGUGGCUGGAAGAGUGUCGGAGAACAUUCCCUUCAGAGGAGGCCAUGCACCCAGAGAUGUUGAUGCAGCACCAAAGGAGCUCCCUGGAUGAAAAGCAAAUGGAAACACUAGCACGUCUCGAGCUCUCUCGCCGCCUCUACAAGCUGCACUUCCAGCUGCUGCUGCUCUUCCAGGCUUACUGCAAGCUCAUCAGCCAAGUGGAAGCCGUGCGGUCGUUACCCUCGCUGCUCGACAUGUCCGAGGAGAUGGAGAGGCUGAGGGUGGGCUUGCGGGCGGCCUCCGUGAGCCAAACAGGAGAGGCAGAUGGGGAGAGCCGAGCGGAGAGCGGAGACCAGGGGGCCGAGGCUCCACAGCAGCCGGAGGGGUCCUGCAGCUGCCCCGAGGCGGCCAUCCAGUGCCUGAUCGAGUGCCUAAAAAACUGGGAACUUAAAAGGUCCCUGGUCCUCACUCAGUCCUUCAGGUCUACGUGGCCCGAUGACAUAUUCGGCCGCUCGGAGGAUGACAUGGUGCGGACGCUGCUCAACAUCUACUUCCGGCACCAGACGCUUGGCCAGACGGGGGCGCUCGCCGUGGUGGGCUCCAACCACGACCUCACGAUGGCGUGCACCAAGCUCACCGCCAUCAACCUGCAGCUGAGCCAGGCUCUCCAGCAAGCUCAGGCUCUUGGCUGUCUCAUCGGCCCCUCGGGAAACAAGCAGAUCCUGAGCACCAGCUUCUGAGAAUCUUCCGCUUCGGCCCGUGUGUUGCGGCGGGGAGUAACACGUUAGUUGUUUAACGUAAAUUCGUUACUCCCAAGGCGGGCAGCGAUGAUCCCAUGGCCAUUCUGAUCCCGUGGCUGGAUGCUCCCAGGGUUUGAGGUCCAGGCUGGAAGGCGACAUUGGGGGGCACCCUUAUUAAUUGGCAACAUAAAAUACAGGUUCGUUGGUGAGGUCAUCUUAUGUGUGAGGCCUGGGAUAAAUAGCCCCCCCCCCCCCCCCCCCACCUUCUGUUGCAGUCCUGAUCCAAUGCUCUUGCUCUCUUUUCAGUUUUUUUUAUUCAGCAUGUACGAGUUGCUUUCUUUUAUGAUUACUUUAAUUUUUGAGAAUUUUAAAAUGCCUAAACCUCCUAAAAAGGGGGAAAUUAUUUGUCGGCAGUUUGAGGAUAAUGUGGAGGACAGCAGAAGCCAAUUCAUGUGGGUUAUACCACAACGAGCUUACAUUUGCGGUUUAGUGCCACACUUUCUGAGGUGAACGAAGUCUCUCUACGAGCAUUGGGCAAUGCUCAUCACUGUUGGAGACCUUCAGCCAUUGGUGGAAAUUACACAUUUCUAUGACGGGAGGCAGUCUUGAUAUAGGACAAACCACUGUUGACUUCCCAAUACUUGGUGGUCAGUAUUUAUCGACCCAGAGAGGUAUUGGGCUAACUCAACCCCUGACCGAGAUUUUAACUUCGCACCCUUCCAAUUGUGAGUCAAUCGUUUCAACCACAGAGCCCACCGAGAUUAACGUCUUCAGUGUCCGACGAACCUACUGUACGUUCAGCCACAGUAAUCGUGGAAGUAAUCGGCUUCUCAGAUUACAUUACAGAUAUACCGCAUGUUUGCAUUAAUAACAUUGCUCAAUUAGACACCGAUUUAUUUUCACAUGUAACCCACGUGUGUGGUAUGCACACCUGCACUUGUGUGUAUGUGCAUGAUUGCGUAAGCAGGUCUGCUCUUUUUUUUUUAUGGUGUAUAGGUUUUUUGGGGAGGGAGGUGCGUGAAGUUGGUACAUUUACAGGAAACCGCAUGCACGGCACGUUGCAGGAAAACCCUGCUGAAAUUGAAUAAUUAUGCUUUAAUCAUGGAAUAAGUAAACAGAUUUGCAUCGAAUCAUCGAAAUCUGUAUUUAGACUGCAGGAGGAAUCCGAUGAGCUAUGAAGCUCUUUUUCACAAAUGUCCAGUAUGGGUGGGUCAGCAAGUUAGAACUCUCUCAUUCAACCAAACAAAUUAGGUGUUUCCAGACACACAUUGACACUGGCACUCAGCAUAAGGACGUUCUGAAAGUUACGGUAAUACAGCUUAGAGGAGGGUUGCAAAUAGUUAACGACUCGUAUUAGUGGUGUUGUUAUAACUUGAGCAUCAUGUUGGCACAAGCAAGCACUUGAUGCGCAGUGGGAGAGCAUUAAAGGGAAAACUCCGUCUGUUUUAUUUUGAGUCCACAGCACCUCGUUCUCUGAUCACCACGCAUCGAUUCAUUCAAAUUUGUAUUUUUUUUACGAUUCAAUUGAAUUGUGAUAAUUUUAAAAUUACGUCUAAAUCUAAAAAAAAGGAGGGUUAGGGGUAAUGACGGUGGAAGUCAUCCUUCACCGAAAUUAAUAUUCUGCCGCAGAGUAAUGAUUGGUUCACGUUAUCGGAAAUGUUUAGUCAUUUGCAAAUGUACAAUGUUAAUAACAAGAUCCUCCACAGAGACCAGGGUCCUACUAAGGCUGACAACUGCGCACGGGCUGGUGCGACCGGCAACUGAUAUUUAGACACUGCGUUGAAGGCUACUUUUUAAGGCUUAGGCAACCUAGUAAACAUCCAUGAUCCACGCAAAUAACACUUGCGACCCUUAUACACGGCCGGGAAUCGGACAAAGGUCACCAGGAUCGUAGUGCAGUUAACCACCACACCACCACCACUUGUCACAUCUACACAUAUAUUCAUAGUAUGUGUGUGUAUAUAUAUGUGUAUGUAUGUAUACUUGUAUAUGUACACCCAAGUGUAGACUAUAUAUAUACCUAAAUGCACACGUGUGUUACAUUAUAUGCAUAUGUUGUGUUGUAGCUUUACACAAAAAAGAGCUCUAAUCAAAUACUGUACGAAUUUAAAGCGCAAUGUUUCCUCUUGGUCUUGCGAGUGAUGAUGUGGUUUUGUAAUCACUGAACUUAACCCUCUGUUAUACUCUUCCGUGCAAAACUGCCCACGUGCCCAAGGCGUCAAUUACUCGCACAUCGUGCUCAUUGUGAAUGAUGCAUUGACGGAACCACCAGGAUGGCGAAAGCCGUGGUCGUGUAACCCUUGCAUGCAGUGCUUCAUUUAUGACUGUGGUGACCAGAUGCGUAAUGCUUUUCCAGGCCGUACUGCUGCAGCAUUUGUACCAAAAGUUCAGCGGCGAUGAUGCUUCAACUGAGACGAUACUAAAUGCGUGUAAAUAUAUACAUGUAUAUAUGUGCGUGUGUUUAUACGUGUAUCUGUGUUCAAGUAUGCACAGUAGAUUGUUUUAUAUAUAUACUUGCAUAUAACUAUUACUCGGGCCUAAUACAUUGCACAGAAUGCACCCCCUUUGCCCAGCAUCCCAAGAUACACCAAAGUGGAUACACUGUACUUUAAUUACCCCCCCAAAAAAUGAUAACACAUUUCCCACCAAUAUUCAGUUGUGCAGUCAAACAAAGAGCGUAAUUUCUGCGCAAGUCGUUUCGCUUCCUCUCGCCGUGUGUCGAUGUAACCACAUUUCACGCCGUCUCUCUCUCGCUGCUUUUAAACGAUUCAAAGCCACCUUCAUCACGGUCACGGAACUUUUAUUUUGUGACAUUUCAAUGUUUUUGCUCUCCUGCCCCAACUCCCCCACAAAAAAAAUGCCGAUUGGUGUCAAGAGAAGUCAACAUUUUACAACAAUCAUAACGCGAUGCACAAGUCACCAUGCAUAUUUAACUUUUUGGAAAAUCAAAAUAGAUUAUGAUUAAUACGCUUUUUGAUAUAAAAUAUCUUGGGGAGAGGGGGGGGGGAUAAGGGUUCUUUGUUGUAUGCCUCUUUUUUGUUGCACGAAUUUGUUUUGUUUUUGAGUCACAUCUCUUUAAGUGGCUCCCUGAUAGUUUUCUGGUUGCUUGCUUGUGAAAUCAAUGGUUUCGAAGGCUGAUGUGUUGUCGGUGAUGCCUACAGAACAAUUCCUUACAGCAUAGAAUAUUCAUGGUAAAGAGUGUGGUUAUGAUUGGAAUGUUUAGAUUUUUUGCAUGAUCUUCGAGACUACUCUAAAAAUCACGAGCUGCUUGUUAUCACACUGUAUUAUAUAAGGGCUAUAAAACAAUUACACUUAACUGAUGCUUAAGGUAUUUGAGGCAUUGUGGCGAUAAAUUCCUUGCGCACAAAAUUUGGUGCUUUAAAAACAUUUGGAAAACAACUCUGUAUUUAGUGCUUGCUGUCUUGAAAUAGUUUUAGGCCUAAAUGAGGUUGUGUAAGCAUACACAUGUGAGCUGCAUACGUGCCACAAAACAAUAGUGGAAGUACUAUCACGUCUUGAUGUAUUGUAUAUUUAGAAUGUCUUCAGGUUACAGGGUGCCCUAUACAUCUAAAAAAAACUGCUUAUCUUAUACGGAGCGUAGUGUUCGUAUACGCACGUGUACGCUUAUGUGUAUGCAUGUGUUUGUGCAUUUGCGUGCGUGCGUUAAUCCGUGCAUGUGCGUGUGGUUGUGGGCUAAAGGUUGCCGCGACGUUAGGUUAAGGAGGCAGGCUAAGGAGGCCGAGUGCGUCCCCCCAAUUGAUGGUUUAAAUACUCCGUCGUUACAUGCCUCGCUCGAGUCAUCGUAGAGAUAAGCCAAUUAUUUUACUCUUUAAAAAGCCGGGUCGCACGGCCAGCACCACCAGAAUUGAGGCUGAGACAUUGUGUACUCUUUUCUCCAGCGCAAUUUGCCACUGAAUUAGUUGAAGCGCUGGCCCGCUUUUUCAUGUCCAUGCUCAGAAAACUCUUAAUUGAUGGAAUGUGGGGACACGAUGUUAUAAUUCAAAUUGAGUAAAUAAUGACAUUUAGCGAAGGCAUGCCUAGGAAAUCAUUUCUACUGCAAUUGCCAUUCUACACUGUUCACUUGUGAUAUGAUUCAUCAAUGCAAAAAGGGAUUAUUUAUGUUGAAGCUAGUAUAUAUAAAAUUGCUAUGAAUCGCUUUUAAGGCAGUGGUAGAUUUGGCAAAACAAGACUGCCCACAGAGGCUAUAUAUUUUUUGCAAUGUUUGUUUUUCAAGCAUGUGUUUUUUUAGUUGUAUUGUUUAGGUCGCCAGGCUACUAUGUUAUGCAGUGGUCUCUUGACUCCGCAAAUGCAUGUGGCCAACAUUUUUAAAGCAUUGCUGAAUGUACUAUUGGGACGCGAACUUUUUAUAGAUCUGGAUUCUCAUAGCUUGCCAUCGGUAUCUUGUGAUGAUCCAAUGUGUGUUUUUGCUGUUGCUUUUAAAUAACGAUAGCAAUUAUUUAAACAAUCAAGGCAAUUCAGAAUAUGUAUUUAUACUGGAGGAAUCCGGUGAGCCUAUAUGGCUCUUUUUCACAGUUGUCAAUUAGGGCCUCCGUGGUCCAAAUAACACUUGGUAGUGCUCGUAUCCAUUGGCGCCGGUGCUGCAAGUGGUGGAAUUUCCCCAUCGUGUUGGACACCGGUAUCUGAAUGAAACAAUCACUGUUGACUUCCAACAAAGUGGUACUUUAUAGUCCCCAGAUGGAUAAGUGGCUGAAUUUAUAUAGAAUCACGAUUUGAGCUUACAUCAUUGAGAAUCGUGUUCUCUAAUAAUAAACUACAAUUACUGCAUUAAUAUAUGUGUAUGUACCACUUAUGAGCAAUAUUGCAAGUAUUUGUUCACGCUGGUUUAGCUUAAAACUCAAGAGGGAGGCUGCAUGAGGGAGCAACUGGUGAUCCUUGUUUUUCAUAAUUUAAUACUUGCAGUCACUGUAAAAUGUGUGCUUUUAGAGAGGAUAAUGAUCUACGGGUUGAUAGAUGUCACAGGACAUAUAAUAUCCACUGAAAAGCACACUACACAUUGCUGUUGCCCAUGUUUCUGUAAAUAAAAAACGCAUCAGUUGUCCAUUUAAUUUAAAGCUCCACAUCGUUACAAUAGUACCGCCCAAUGACAAUUGAAUGUAAUAGUUACUAACAAAAUAUCGUGAACAAUCAAGUUUCAAAUAUUAAUUGAUACUAUCAUGCAAUCAGCUGAGAAUCCAGGUCUGUAUAAUUUUGUGUUCAUUGUGAAGGCACAACAAAGUUGCUCUGCACUGGAUAAAAACAUAUGCACAAUUUUGUUUUAAAUGUUUUGAAAGUAGUUCUUCUGGAUUUAAUGUUCUACAUCUAUAAUCAAAAGUGGAUUAUUUAACUUCACCAAUAACUCUGUAUGUAAUGAACCAGCGAACACCUUAACAGAUCCUAAGCAAAGUGCAGCAUCCAAUAGAACUAAAACUCUUAUUGAGUGCUAAUAUGUACAGAGAUAUAUUAUAACCUAGCCAGCUUCAUUCAGAUAUCUGUCAGUUUGUAGUUAUAUUUUCUCUCCCUUUUUAUUUAAAAACUAAUUAAUUUUAUCUUGUAGAUUCUCGCCGAGGGGUUUUUAAAUGCUGUUGUGUUCGAUAGGCUAGAUGAAGCAGACCUCAUUUGCACUACUGAAGGCCUUGGCAUGCGUUGUGUCCAAUUUAUAAGCGUGUUUGUGUCGUGAACUCAUGUCAGUGGAAUGCAGGUCUAUCAUAACGAAAACAUUUAAUUAAAAAAAUAAGCAAAUGUUCUGUAAGUAUACAAGAAUAUAUACCGCCUUACAAGUAUGAUUCCUUGCAUAAAAGGAGGAAACGCAACUGUAACUAAGUUAAAACACUGUACAUAUUUUGAAACGUGUAUAAACAAUAAGGGAGGAGCUGUCAUUGUUUUUUUUCUCUCUCUGUAAAAUCUGUAAUGUGAAAAUACAAAAGAAUAAAAACUUAUUUCAAUUCA